GUAGCUUUUGAGAAAGAGAUUUUCUUCAAGAACAAGAUCGUUGACGAGGAUGGAUUCAUCAUCUUUGUCAGGAAGAAUGCAGUACAGGUCUUCAUUCCAAAGUUUGGUUUUGAGGGGACGCUCUUUCUCAAGGGGCAAAACAAAGAGAUGGAUGGACUUUUCAAGUACAACGAAGAGGAAUGUACCCAGAUAGCUGGAGAUGUCACCUUGCGCGGCUUCGAUAAGGUCAGAGUUCAAAUCAGUGCAGAGACAUCUAACAUCCAGCAUCAGAGGCUGCGGUUGCGACUAGUUGAACCAAAGGUUCCAGGUUUCAGCGUUGAUCCACAACCAAAGUCCAAGGAUGAGUUGGAUAUCCAGCCACCUCCGACCAAGAAACAAAAAUGCACCAACUCUUCAUAACAAUGAAGACUUGUCUCAAUAGUCGGUUCUACCAUCUCAUAACCAUCUUGCAUGUCGCGGUCAAGUAGAUAAGAACACCAGACUCAAGCUCUCUGGUGUUUUUGAUCAGCAGAGUGUGGAUUCGAGUCCCGGUCGUGACUCUUGUGUCCUUAAGCAAGACACUUCACCAUUAUUGCUCCGCCUUUGGAUCGGCCAUAAAGCCGUUGGUUCCGUGUUUCUGAUCAGCAGAGUGUGGGUUCGAGUCCCGGUCAUGACUCUUGUGUCCUGAAGCAAGACACUUCACCAUUUUUGCUCUGCCUUCGGAUCGGCCAUGAAGCCGUUGGUUCCGUGUUUCUGAUCAGCAGAGUGUGGGUCCGAGUCCCCAUCGUGACACUUAUGUCCGCAAGCAAGACACUUCACCAUUAUUGCUUCAUCCUUCGGAGGGACCGUGAAGCGGUAGGUCCUCGGUGUUGUGUUAUGCACAUAAAAGAACCUAGUACAUUUAACGUCAAGAUAAGGAGUUCGCCUCGGUGUUCGUGGUUUGAUUGGCUGCAUAUUGUGCCACAGCACCUUGUAAACCAUUAGGAAAUGUAUGAUUUGAAAUUUGCAUGGUG